AUGUAAAGCAGCUGUCUUUGAAGGCGGGUCUUUUGGCAGGUUAGUUCAGGACGGUGGCGGAGGAGCUCAAACACAGACAGCGCGCGAGGCUGAGAGCAACUCGUGACGGAGAAGCGGAGUGUCUGGAGACCAGACGAGUGAAUAUUCACUCGCUUACCGAGCGGAUUCAUUUUCAGAUGACUGUGAUAACACGACGCCGUGACUUCAGUUUGGAUACACUUUGCGGGGGAUGAAUGCGGGAAAAAGUAAUGCGAGAGCAAGUGGAAAAGUUAGUGUACUUUCGUGAGGGAAACAGAUCGUCAACAUUAUCUCACAGGAGAGAACCAUAAGAGCUUUAGAAGAAGGAAUUAUCAUCUGUGGACUGGGGAUUUAACAUAAAUUGUGUGAAACCUCUAUGUAUGGUUAGAGCUUUCUAAUACUUAUCUAUCUAAAGAUUUAUAUAUAUAUAUUGACAGAUAUUACUUUUGAACUGAACGGAUUGUUUGGAAUCAGAGUUACUGACUGAUGGAUUCACAAAGGAAAACAAGUUUUCUUUUUUAAGAAUUCAUCCUCACCUCUCUUUGGUAUACAAUAACUUUUUUAGUCAACCAGCUAAAAUUAUAAAGAGUGACAAUGAAACAACUUUUCAAGUAAAAAUAUUUUUUUUUUUGGCAAUCAUUGUUACAUGAAUUAAUACAGAAAGACAAUGUUUGCUGCCACUUUUGGACUCAGCCUUGUGCUGCUGUGCAUGGCCGGGUUUUGUUCCGCUAUCAGUUCCAUCGACCCGGACCGGCCAGGUGAAGGAAGAUGCCAGGAGAUUGCUAUUCCACUCUGUAAAGACAUUGGCUACAACUUGACAGUUAUGCCGAAUUUAAUGGGACAUGAAGAUCAAAGUGAGGCGGCCAUAAAGCUGCACGAGUUUGCUCCACUAAUUGAGUUCGGCUGCCACAGUCAUUUGAAGUUUUUCUUGUGCUCGCUGUAUGCUCCCAUGUGCACGGAGCAGGUAUCCACACCCAUCCCAGCAUGUCGAGUAAUGUGUGAGCAGGCACGGCAGAAGUGUUCUCCCAUCAUGGAACAGUUUAACUUCCACUGGCCUGAGUCACUGGAUUGUUCCAGACUGCCAAAUAAAAAUGACCCCAAUUACCUCUGUAUGGAGGCACCAAACAAUGGCACCGACGAGCCCCCAAAAGGCUCCCACACUCAUCCACCAGACUCCCGACCCCCUCGGCCAGGUAACAGCCAAGAACUGCCGAUAAAGGAGAGGGUCGGUAAGACGACAUGCAGCAACCCUGGAAAGUUCCAUUACGUUCAGAAGAGCGAGUCCUGUGCCCCAAAGUGUUACUCAAACAUCGACGUGUACUGGAGCCAGGGCGACAAGCACUUCUCCAUGGUGUGGAUUGCCAUCUGGUCCAUCCUGUGCUUCAUCUCCAGUGCUUUUACCGUCCUCACCUUCCUCAUCGAUCCACAGCGCUUCAAGUACCCCGAGCGGCCGAUCAUCUUCUUGUCUAUGUCUUACUGUGUUUACUCGGUGGGCUUUCUUAUAAGACUUUUUGUGGGGGUGGAAAACGUGGCCUGUGACCGUGACAAUGGCGUUCAGUACAUCAUCCAGGAAGGCUUGGAAAGCACUGGCUGCACUAUAGUCUUCCUCAUUCUUUACUACUUCGGAAUGGCCAGUUCCCUGUGGUGGGUCAUCCUUACUCUCACGUGGUUCCUCGCUGCUGGGAAAAAAUGGGGUCAUGAGGCCAUUGAAGCCAACAGCAGCUACUUCCAUCUAGCGGCAUGGGCUAUACCAGCAAUUAAGACCAUCAUGAUCCUGGUUAUGAGGAAGGUAGCGGGCGACGAGCUGACAGGGGUCUGUUAUGUGGGCAGCAUGGAUGUCAAAGCCUUGACGGGGUUUGUUCUUAUCCCCCUCUCCUGCUACCUCAUUAUUGGCACUUCCUUUCUGCUGUCAGGGUUUGUGGCACUCUUUCACAUCCGUAAGGUCAUGAAGACUGAAGGAGAGAACACAGAUAAGUUGGAGAAGCUGAUGGUUAGGAUCGGCGUCUUCUCUGUGCUUUACACGGUCCCUGCCACUUGCGUCAUCGCCUGCUAUUUUUACGAGCGUCUAAACAUGGAAUAUUGGAAGAUUCUAGCAGGAGAGCAGAAGUGCACCGAGGACAGUAAGAGUGGCGAGGAGUGUGUGAUGAAGAGCUCCAUCCCAGCCGUGGAGAUCUUCAUGGUUAAGAUUUUUAUGUUGCUGGUUGUGGGCAUCACCAGCGGCAUGUGGAUCUGGACCUCCAAAACACUGCAAUCGUGGCAGAAUGUUUUCAGCCGCAAACUUAAAAAGAAGACAAGGAGGAAGGCUGCAUGUGUUUUCACAGGAAGUGGACCUUAUCUCAAGCCUCAUCCUCCAUUGAAAGGACAUAAAACCAAGUAUGAACCGGCAGGUCUUCCUGCGACCUGUGUAUGAGUUGGGCCUCUAAACACAAACAAAUGGCCAAGAAAUUAUAAAGUAAAUGCUGGACUUAAAUGAACUGCAAAGAGACAAGCCAGCAAAGGACACAAUAAUGCUCGUAUUUAUUUUAUCCAAACUUCAGAAGCAAUGUCCCCAACAGGUUUUUUUUAGUUCUUGAUGCUUGUACUACAUCUGAAACUUUGCAUACUUUGGGAAAAGUUUUGUGAAACAAAUAAUAACGGAGCAAGUCCAUAUUGCUGUCAUUUGGAUGACUGUAUCAUGUAAUGUGCAGUAGUUGUUUCCUUUUGUGACAGACAGAAAGGGACUCUGAUACUGUAGGGCUGUGAUUAAAGACAAUGGAAGGACUCGACAAA